AAAAGGGUCUGAAAGCGCAGCAUAGAAUGGGAAAAUGUAACUGAAAUUCCGUUGAAAGGAAGGAAUAUAGCGUACAAUCUGCCCCAUAAAGAGUGGCAGUCUCGUCAGAAUUCUGACGAGAGGAGUGGAGAAUCGUGUUCUCCGUGCUCUCGGCUUUCGACUAAUAUGACUCUGGACUGGUUUCGGGGAGAUUUGCCAGGGGAAGGUUUGUAAGUGGCGCUGUUGCUGUAAAUUCUCUGAAUCAGAGACAGCAUUCGGAUUCGCCGUAAAUGCUGAGAGGAAGAGCAAAGAAUCGUGGUCUCCGUGUCUUUUGCGUUCGCUUGAGGGGUUUCUUGAGAGAUUUGGUGAAGAAUUUCUCGGCGCUUUCGAGCUUUGAAAGGUUUAAUGGCAGCUCUGGCCGUACUUGUUGAAUAGUGUCAGUGUUUGCGGUGUUCUUUUUGGCUUGGAGAUUUUCUCGGAACUUUAAAUCUUGGAAGCUUUUUCGGUGGUUCGUAUACGAGCCAGUACGGAAGGCUUUGCGGGUUGCGACUUUUUUUUGGUUUGAUUUUGCAUUGACCGAUGCUGGUAUCGUAAUUUGAACCGGCGAAACGCUGAAUACGGAGUUUAUAUAAUCCAGAGAGGAAAAUUCAGGAAUGAGAAAGGAAGUUGUGGAGAAUGACGAGCAUUUCGUAAAAAGCAGUUGGAGAAUUUGCAGCGAAUUCUGUUGAUGGUGCAUCAAAAUUUAUGUAGGCUAUUUUUCUGUGCGGACAGCAAACGUUUUGUAGGUUUAUACUAACGGCAGACUGUUACACUUCACUGACAGUUUCAGUUUUACGGGAUUUUCCUUGGUAAAUAAAAGCGUUUGAAGUAAAAUUUUGGAGAUCUACUGUAUUCUUUUGGAAUAUUUUAGCCCCGGGUAUGGGUUUGUCUGUAGAUUUUGACACAGAUGCUUGCAAGUGACGAGGUUUGCGUCAGGGUAUGCAUUUGGAGAUUUUGUGUUCGUCACUUAAAAGCAUACACAAAGUAGCUGGUAGUUAAAUUUUGGCAAGGAUGGGUUCUGCCUGUUGUGUGGCUGCUAGCCCACGUAAACCAAGUCUGCACAAUGAUGGACCUUUCGCUGCAUGUCCAGAGGCAAUUUUAUCACUCUGGGAUGAUAAUUCAGAUAUUGAAGAUAUGUCAAGACCUGCAAAUUUUACAGCAAUUCAAAGGUCUGUCUCUUUAAACGGCAGAGGCAACAGAGUUUCAAAUUCAAAUAGUAUAAGUCAUCAACAGAAUCUUUCUGAAAAUAUUUUAGUAGAUUCAAGCCCCUCAGAUAGCUCUCGUGCACCACACUGGCCGAAUUCUCCUCUUUUGUUUGCUAAUAAUGGAGACCCUGUCACUGGAACUGCAGAUUCAAUUGUGGGUUCACAUAUAUCAGAAACAUUCUCCAACGAGGUAUGCUCAACUUCUAGUCCUUCAUUGAAUUCGAAUAUACCACAAUCGUUUACACCUUCAAUAAAUACAUUGGACAAUCUUCCAAGGCAGUCUAAAAGUCAGCCCAGUCGACCAGGUUGGUUCAAGAGUCAGCUCUCAUCAAAGCAAUCAUCAACCUUUAGUAGGUCUAUUUUCUCCAGGCACUUGCACCAUGCUUGCAAUAACAAGCAUUCCGGGGAACUCUCUGUUACACAGAUCCCUGAACUAGAUUCGCUAGACAGCAGCUCCCAGCCUGCAUCUGAUGGAAUGCGCUCCUCCAUGGUUGGUGAAAGUGGUUGCAGCUCAACAAUGGCUUCACGCAGUGUCUCUGAUUGGUGGUCAAUGCAAACAUUUUCAGAUCUUGUGGCUUCAUCAAAAAGAGAUGGUUUCCGUUGGAGUGAUGCAGAGAGUCCUCCAGAGAUUGGAUGGGUUACUGCAAGAGAAAGCAUGGAGGGAGAUUCUCUGCCAGUUGAAAGGAUUAAGGUCAACAAUUCACAAGCUGCUUACACAGCCUCUCAUUUGGAGGUUAAUACGUGUGGCAUUUGCUCACAUAAUUUGCCAUAUACCUCUGAAAAUAUGUUGCACAAUCUCUCUGUUGUUGCAGUGCUGUUUUGUGGGCAUGCCUACCAUGCAGAGUGUCUGGAGCAAGUGACGCCUGAAGCAAGUAAGCAUGACCCAUCAUGCCCUGUAUGUAUAGAAAGUGACGACAUAGUUUCCGAGCGUCUGGCUUAUCCAGCUGAGCAAGUUAUGAGAUCUAAAGGUGGGUUUUUGAAGGCUUUCAGGUCAAAGAGUCAAUUGUCUACCAAAAACAAACUGUCUAGAAGAGUUGCAAAUGAUGAUAUCCUAGUUCCUGAAUUCUUUUCUGGUGAGAUUCUUUUGUCUGGCAAUGAUCAGUUGUCCAAUGACUACUUUUCCAAACAGUCGUCCAGUGUACUUGGAAAGCAUUCAUUGAACAAACGUCUUUUUACAAGGCAUUUUUCAUUGAGGGGAAAAUCUAGGAAGGAACAUGCACCAAAUGAUACAGCUUGUAAAUUGCCAAUAACAUUAAGGGAUUCUGGGGAAAGCAGGAAAGUGAGCGACUUCUCACUGCUGCAUGCUAACAAAGGAUCUUCAAGUUCUUUUAGUUAUUUCAAAAGGCGGGUCUAAGAUAGAAAAUUUUGUAGAGUGGGAAAGGAUUCACUUUAUUUGUUUCUUCAGUCAGAAACUUUAGUUAUGUACACUGUUCUAAAAAAAGAACAUUAUAAACAAAAUAUCAUGAAUAUAUUACACAAAAUAUUCAUUGAAAAUAGAAAA